CGCCGCGUAACCAAGUGUGUGUGAGCUUUCCACCGCGGAGCGGAAAGCGGAAGACGACUUUCAAACGAAAUAAUAUAUUAUAUUUAAGGGAUUUUAUUCUCCUAACUUUUAUGUUGUCGCAGAGUUAACAAUUGAGUCGGGAAUGUGAACAAAGUGAGGAAAAGUUCAACGACUGCCCCGAUCGGAAAGUUGGAUCGGAAAACUCACGAAACGAAACACACGCCACAAAACACACACACAUCGCAUCGAAUCACUUAAAAAGCCGGAGCUCGAAAAUAGAAAAAUCGAAGUGGCCCAAAUGUCAAGGACAACGGAGCCCAGUGCCACAACAUUCAGUCGACCUGUACAACUGGGCGAGCUGUGACGGAAAACCUGGACAUCGGGAGCACUUACUAUUAUCGGAAAAAAAAUAUAAUAAAGUUAAGAAAUUUCAGAGAAGCCGACAUGUCGAAUCCCACACACGGUAGGCCUCCAAACAACAACUCUGGAUAUGGAUCUGGAUCUGGAUCUGGAUCUCUGUCGUCCAUAGUCUCGUCGUCCUGUUCCCUCUCAUCCGCUUCAUUGCCCGUUUCGGUAACAGUCCAGCCGGCUGGAAAUGGAUGCAGUGCCUCAACCACGUCGUCCUCGGCAUCGGCCAGCUCCUCCAGUGUCUCGGUCAAGGACAGGACAGGACUACCGCCGGUUUAUUUGAACCUCAAUGAUCACUCUGGCAAGGAGCAAGGUCCUUCGCAGUCCUCCUGCUCACCGCUCCAGCACUGGGACGACACCCGCACCGCCGAUGUCUGGCUCUCGUCCCUCCACAGCGUCAUCUUCAUUAUCACUUGCGCCCUGGCCGCCUUCAUUCUGUUUCGCAACGUGCUCACCUGGCACUUGCAGAGCUUUUGGGGCGCCUCCGGUGACUUUUGGCAGGCCCAGUGGGACAAGUUCAUCGACUCAUUUGGUGAUGAACCCAUGGUUCUGUGGGUCUUCGGCACCACCAUCUUCACGAUGAUCGUCUACUGGAGCGUGGGCACCCUCUACACCUUCAUGGACCUGACCAACAGGCCCGCCUGUCUCCGCAAAUACAAGAUCCAACCGGGCACCAAUGAGCCCGUCGAAGUGCGACGGCUCUUGAAGGUGAUUUGGUGCGUGGUCUGCAAUCAGAUAUUCGUGGGCCUGCCCCUGGCCUAUGCCAGCUACCGACUGAUGGAGAUCCGGGGCCUGAGCGACAUCCGGGACCUGCCCACGUUCCACUGGGUCUGCUUCGAGCUGACCGUCUGCAUCCUGAUGGAGGAGCUCGGCUUCUACUACUCCCAUCGCCUCCUCCACCACAAGCACAUCUACAAGUACAUCCACAAGCAGCACCACGAGUGGACGGCCCCCAUCUCGGUCACGGCGAUCUAUUGCCAUCCCAUCGAGCACAUCUUCAGCAACCUGCUGCCCCCCUUCAUGGGCGUCUUUCUCAUGGGCAGUCACGUGGCCACCGCCUGGCUCUGGUUCGCCCUGGCCAUCCUCUCCACCCUCAACGCCCACUCCGGCUACCAUCUGCCCUUCUUUCCCAGCCCCGAGGCCCAUGAUUUUCAUCAUUUGAAAUUCAACAACUGUUUUGGAGUUUUGGGCGUUCUGGACCGCCUCCAUGGCACCGACUCCCUGUUCCGGGCCACCAAGUCCUAUGCGCGCCACAUCAUGAUGCUCAGCUUCAAGCCCCCGCGAGACGCCUUUCCCGACUCCACAAUGAAGUGAAGUUCUAAUUUCUGGACACUUAUGGCACACAAUUAGCACUUUAGUUGCCUUUUUUUUUGUUCUCUUCUAUAUCUGUGAAUACAAAUUUUGAAUUGUGAUAUCGA